CAAAGAAAGAUCAAUCCAAGAUACUCAGGUGGAGAGCGGAAAAACACAUCUCUUUCAAAGACUCAUAACUGCAAGCUUUUCAUUUUGGACCAAAUAACUGCUUUUGAAUAGCUGGAGAAAUAUGCCGACAAAGCGAUCACAUGACACUUUACCAUCUAUAGCUGCCUGAGGAUGAGCAGGCACUGGCCACUCCUCGUGGGAGGGUCACAACUGCUGGUGGCUGCAACUGCACCGUUAACUGUUGCAUGGCAAUACACGUGUCUGGGAAAAGGAGAAGGCAUCCCGGAAUAGCAGGAGAAGGAAGGAGCUGGUGACACAGGGUUGAUGAGGGAGAAAAGGCAGAAGGGGCUGGCCCUCUUGAGUGAGAAAUGAAUAACUUGGAAAUGGAUCUGUCUUCUAAUGGCUCACCAGUAAUCAUUAUAGAAAACUUUGCCUCGCAGCUAGCAUGUAGCCCAGUGGAUAAGAAAGUUGCUUUACGGAUGGACGAAGAAGAUGAGCUCAGCCACUUCCGUGAAUGUUUCCACAUUCCCAAAGCGAAGGAUCUGCCUCCAACUGAUUCAACUUUAGUGAAUAAGGAUGAAAACUGCAUCUACUUCGCUGGUAAUUCUCUUGGUCUCCAGCCAAAGAAAAUUAAAACCUACUUGGAUGAAGAACUUGACAAGUGGGCUAAAAUGGGUGUUCAUGGUCAUCUGAAUGGUAAGCGUCCUUGGAUUUUUGGAGAUGAGUGCAUUGUUGAACUUAUGGCUAAUAUUGUAGGGGCUCAUAAAGAAGAAGUAGCUUUAAUGAAUGGCCUGACAGUUAAUUUACAUCUCCUACUGCUAUCUUUCUUUAAGCCUACCACAAAUCGCUUUAAAAUCCUGAUGGAAGCCAAAGCUUUUCCCUCAGACCAUUAUGCCGUUGAGUCUCAGCUCCAACUUCAUGGUCUGAAUGUGGAGGGGAGCAUGCUUAUGAUAGAACCACGAAAGGGGGAGGAGACCUUGAGAAUUGAAGAUAUCCUUGCUGUAAUUGAGAAGGAAGGAGACUCUGUUGCUGUAAUUCUGUUCAGUGGUGUGCAGUACUACACAGGACAGCUGUUUGACAUCCCCAGAAUAACCAAGGCUGGCCAAGAGAAGGGUUGCAUUGUUGGAUUUGACAUUGCUCAUGCUGUUGGGAAUGUUGAACUGCACCUGCAUGACUGGGGAGUAGACUUUGCCUGCUGGUGUUCAUACAAGUAUCUAAAUUCUGGAGCAGGUGGUCUAGCUGGUGCUUAUAUUCAUGAGAAACAUUCCCGGACUGUAAAACCAGCGCUAACAGGAUGGUGGGGUCACGAGUUCCAAACCAGAUUUCUCAUGGAAAACAAAUUGCAACUAAGUCCUGGGAUCAAUGGAUUUCGAUUGUCAAAUCCUCCCAUAUUAUUGGUGUGUGCUCUUCAUGCUAGUUUAGAGGUCUUUGGUCAAACUACAAUGAAAUUUCUGAGAAAGAAAUCCAUUCUUCUUACUGGCUACUUGGAAUACUUGAUCAGGCAUUACUACAGUGAAGAUAAAGAUGAUUCUGAGAAGCCCUAUGUGAAAAUAAUCACACCUUCUAGCAUUGAAGAAAGAGGAUGCCAGCUCACACUGGUCUUCUCCAUUCCAGUUAAAAUUCUGUUUCAAGAACUGGAAAAAAGAGGAGUUGCUUGUGACAUGCGGGAACCCGAUGCUGUUCGUGUUGCCCCAGUUCCUCUCUACAAUUCUUUCCAUGAUGUGCACAGAUUCAUUGAAAUCCUGGGAUCUGCAAUUACAUCUGCAGAGCAAAUGAAAGACACUACAGCACGUUCCUGAUCUUAUUGACGGUGCAGCUGUAUCUUUUAAUCUAUUGCUGACUCAGAUGCAUUAAUGCUUUUGAGCAAUUUUUUUGUUUCAGCUCCAUUGGAUAGUUAUUCUCAACAGAUAUACUAUUUUAAAAAAUUAAAAGUCACAUUUCCACUCGUGUAGGCUCCAGGAAUUAAUAUGCUUUAUGUAUUUAAUGGGGAUGGUCUUUCAUAUUCUAGAUUUGCUCUUUAUAAUGGUCAGGCUACACAGAAAAUUGUUGUAAACUACAAAACAACAUCAUAGUGUGGAAUGAGGUUACAUAAAGCUGUAACUUGUUUUGCAUUUUAACCACUAUAAAUUCCAUCAGUAAAUUGUACUAACGUGAAUUCACACAUCUUCAUUCACAUCUGAAUGCCAUUAUAACAAAUUUUUGCAUGGCUAAGUCAGGGCACAUUCACCAUGGCUGUUGUAUAUCAGACAACCUUGAACAUAGCAUAUGAUUACCAAUAAUCUAUAAAUUUGACAAAAUAAAUGUCAAAAAACUGA